AAAAAUUGUAACCCUGCGCCCCUUCCGUUAGAAUCUUAUUUCAAACAUCCCAUCCAAAGGUGAAAUCUCUCUUCUUGAAAUUAAUGGUAAUAUUUUUCUUGUGUUUAAGUAACACUUUUUUUUCUGUAUAAUAUUUAUAAAUCGGUUGAUGUGAGAAGGGUCGAAGGACUUUUUUGCAAAUUGCAAGUGAACUGGGAAAAAGGACAACACUGGGGCCGAAACAAGUCCGUGUUUGUUAAUAAAGUGUAGUCUCUGUUCGGAUUUGUCUUGUGCGUUCGGGAAUAUCGUUCUCUCCGUCUUGGAAGAAAUAGAAUCGAUAUGAAGAUUCCUACGGAAAGUGAAAAGGUCGACGAGAAGAAGGAGAGCUCUUCCGAGACGAGUAAAGUGCAAGAUUUCGCCGAGUACAUGUGGAUGGAGAACGAAGAGGAGUUCGACAAGGAGGUUAUGAAGCAGUUAGAAGAAGAAGCACUUAUGGAGCAAUGUAUUGAGGCGAUGCUUGAAGACGAGUUAGAAAACAAGCCUGGAUAUGUUGAAAGUUCCGAUUUUCUGUAUGAUUUUCAAAGGAUGUGUGUGCAAGAGAAAGCAGAGCUUGCGAAAAAGAGCACACUGAAUCCCAAUGCUGCUGAAUUUAUUCCAAGGGUUGCAGCGGAAACCAGCUCAUAAGUAAAUCAUUGAUCUGCAAUUUUAUACCAUUUG